GAAGAAGAAGAAGAAGAAGAAGAGGAAGAAGAAGAAGAAGAUCGAAGUUUCAUUCAUGGCUGUUUCGAGUGUAAGCGAAUUUUUCGAGAUCGAAAUUGAUCAACUCAACGAUGCAUUUCCCAGGCCAUCGAAUGCGGAAGCGUUGCAUGAGGACGAAGAGGAGCUCCUUUGGGCGGCGAUCGAGAGAUUGCCGUCCCAAAAGCGCUCGAAUUUCGCCAUCAUGAAGCGAAACGCCUCCAAAGAUGGCAAACAUCCCGUGACUGAGGCUUUUGAUGUCCGGAAGCUCGACCGGAUCGGCCGGGAGGAGCUCGUACGGAACGCAAUGGCCACGAACGAGCAAGACAACUACAUUCUCCUAUCCGGCGUCAAGGAGCGCCUUGACAGGGUGGGUUUGCAAGUUCCAAAGGUAGAAGUGAGAUUCGAAGGUCUGAAUGUCACUGCAGAUGUUCAGGUUGGAAACAGAGCUUUGCCUACUCUUAUUAAUUACGUCCGCGAUACCAUUGAGGAGCUGGCAGCUAGUUUAGCGAUAUUUCGUACAAAGAGGCAUUCACUGACCAUAUUAAAUAACAUCAGUGGGUUUGUGAAACCCGGCAGAAUGACGCUGCUCUUGGGACCCCCUGGCUCUGGAAAAUCUACGUUGCUUUUGGCCCUAGCCGGGAAGCUAGGUAAUGACUUGAAGACAAGUGGGAAAGUGACAUAUAAUGGCCAUAUGCUUGAUGAAUUUUUUGUACAAAGGACUUCUGCAUACAUUAGCCAGACAGAUAAUCAUAUUGCAGAGCUGACUGUCCGAGAAACUUUAGACUUUGCUGCGAGAUUUCAAGGUGCAAGUGAUGGAUUUGCAGGAUACCUAGAUGAUCUGGCCAAAUUGGAGAAGGAAAAGAACAUACGACCAAGUCCAGCAAUUGAUGCAUUUAUGAAGGCAUCAUCAGUUGGAGGCAAGAAGCAUAGCCUCGCAACAGAUUACGUCUUGAGAGAGCUUGGUCUUGACGUCUGUUCAGAUAUUCUAGUUGGUAAUGAUAUGCUAAGAGGUGUUUCGGGUGGUCAAAGAAAGCGAGUGACUACAGGAGAAAUGAUUGUUGGACCAAGAAAAACUCUUUUCAUGGAUGAAAUAUCUACGGGACUUGAUAGCUCAACAACAUUUCAAAUUGUGAAGUGCAUCAGAAAUUUUGUUCACCAAAUGGAGGGUACUGUGCUGAUGGCUCUUUUGCAGCCUGCACCUGAGACGUUUGAUCUUUUUGAUGAUAUUAUAUUACUAUCAGAAGGGCACGUCGUUUAUCAUGGCCCCCGAGCAGAUGUUGUUGAUUUCUUUGUAUCUCUAGGAUUCUCAUUACCCCCACGCAAAGGGGUUGCAGACUUUCUCCAAGAGGUUACAUCAAAAAAGGAUCAAGCUCAGUACUGGUCUAAUCCUUCAAAACCAUAUGCGUUUAUUCCUGUUUCUGAAAUCGCAAAUGCAUUCAAACAGUCCAAAUAUGGAAGGUCCAUAGAGUCUACUCUUUCAGUUCCUUAUGAUAAAAAGAAGAGUCCCCCUUCUGCACUUGCCAAUGCAAUGUUUGCUGUACCAAAAUUGGAGCUCUUUAAGGCUUGCUUUUCACGGGAACUUCUUCUAAUGAGCAGGCACCGUUUCCUCUACAUUUUCAGAACAUGCCAAGUUGCAUUAAUUGGAAGUGUUGCUUGCACAGUAUUUCUCAGGACAAGGAUACAUCCAACAGAUGAGGUUAAUGGGAACCUCUAUCUAUCUUGCUUAUUUUUUGGGCUGGUGCAUAUGUUAUUUAAUGGAUUUUCUGAGCUACCGAUCAUGAUAACUCGACUCCCAGUAUUCUAUAAGCAGAGAAAUAACUUUUUUCAUCCUGCUUGGGCAUAUUCCAUACCUAGUUGGAUUUUGCGUUUGCCUUACUCAGUUAUUGAAGCCGUUGUAUGGUCCUCAGUUGUCUAUUACUCAGUUGGCUUUGCCCCUAGUGCCGGGAGGUUCUUUCGGUUCAUGUUUUUACUUUUUUCAUUACACCAAAUGGGCCUGGGUCUCUUCCGGAUGUUAGCUGCUGUUGCACGAGAUAUGACAAUUGCAAAUACCUAUGGGUCUGCUGCAUUAUUUGUUAUAUUCUUGAUGGGUGGAUUCAUUAUUCCAAAAGAUAUGAUCAAGCCAUGGUGGAUUUGGGCCUUCUGGGUUUCGCCAUUAUCCUAUGGACAACGUGCAAUUUCAGUUAAUGAGUUUGGUGCAACACGAUGGAUGAAGAAAUCCACGAAUGGAAACACCACAAUUGGAUACAAUGUUCUCCACUCUCACGGCCUUCCUGUCAGUGAUAACUGGUACUGGAUUGGUAUUGGUGUCCUAUUUGCGUACUCUAUCCUUUUCAACAUUUUGGUGACAAUUUCAUUGGCCUACCUUCAGCCCCUAGUGAAGGCCAAGGCCAUUAUUCUGGAUGAUGUCAUAGGAGAGAAUGGUGGUGGCAAUGGAAAAGUCCCAACAUCAGUGCCAAGGCGUACAUCAAAUAGGGGAAUGAUUCUUCCAUUCCAGCCGCUAUCAAUGACAUUCCAUAAUCUCAAAUACUUUGUUGAUAUGCCAAAGGCAAUGAAGCAGAAAGGUAUUCCAGAAAAGAAGCUGCAACUUUUAUCAAAUGUGAGUGGGGUUUUUACGCCAGGCGUCCUUACUGCAUUAGUUGGAUCGAGUGGUGCAGGGAAAACCACACUGAUGGAUGUUCUAGCUGGUCGGAAGACUGGUGGAUAUAUAGAAGGUGAUAUUAGGAUAUCUGGAUAUCCAAAAGAGCAAAAUACUUUUGCCAGAAUUUCAGGAUAUGUUGAACAAAAUGAUAUUCAUUCUCCUCAAGUAACAGUUGAAGAAUCCCUCUGGUUCUCAGCCUCUUUACGCCUACCUAAAGAAGUGGACAAAGAGAAACGACUUGAAUUUGUUGAAGAAGUGAUGGCACUAGUAGAGCUUGACACUCUGAGACAUGCUUUGGUUGGUUUGCCUGGGAGUUCUGGCUUGUCAACAGAGCAAAGAAAACGCCUUACAAUUGCGGUGGAGCUUGUUGCAAAUCCUUCUAUUAUCUUUAUGGAUGAACCAACAUCUGGAUUAGAUGCACGAGCUGCAGCGAUCGUUAUGCGUACUGUUCGUAAUACUGUUGACACUGGGAGAACUGUUGUGUGCACCAUACAUCAACCAAGUAUUGAUAUAUUUGAAGCAUUUGAUGAGCUUCUGCUUAUGAAACGAGGAGGGCGAGUUAUAUACGGAGGCAAACUUGGCGUGAACUCACAAAUUAUGAUUGACUAUUUCCAGGGAAUCGAUGGAGUUGCUCCUAUUCCUGAAGGAUACAAUCCAGCUACUUGGAUGCUUGAGGUCACUACACAAGCAUGUGAAGAGAGGAUUGGUCAAGACUUUGCUACCAUAUAUCAAAACUCAAAUCAGUACAGGGAAGUGGAAGCUUCAAUUAAGCAAUUGAGUGUUCCUGAUGCUGGUUCUGAGCCCCUAAUGUUUGAUUCCAAGUAUUCACAGAGCAGUAUGACUCAGUUUAAGAUUUGCCUUUGGAAGCAAAAUCUUGUUUACUGGAGAAGCCCCCAAUACAAUGUUGUGAGAUUGUUCUUCACUACCCUCAGUGGAGUGAUACUUGGCUCGGUAUUUUGGAAGGUUGGCUCGAAAAGAGAUACAACAAAGGACUUGUUUGCCGUUAUGGGGGCACUUUAUUCAGCUUGCUUAUUUCUUGGUGUGAAUAAUGCUGCGUCAAUACAGCCAGUAGUCUCCAUUGAGAGGACAGUUUUCUAUCGAGAGAAGGCGACAGGGAUGUACUCUCCAUUUCCAUAUGCAGCAGCACAGGGGAUUAUAGAGGUUCCAUACAUUGCAGUGCAAACAAUUGUAUACGGUGUCAUUACAUACUUCAUGAUUGGCUUUGAAAGGACAAUAGGGAAGUUUCUGCUUUACCUAUUGUUCAUGUUCCUCACGUUCACAUACUUUGCAUUCUACGGGUUGAUGGCGGUUGGUCUGACGCCUACUCAGCACUUUGCAGCAGUCAUUUCGUCUGCAUUUUACUCGUUAUGGAACUUAAUGUCAGGUUUUCUUGUUCCUAAACCUAAUAUCCCUGAAUGGUGGAUCUGGUGUUAUUAUAUCAGCCCAGUGGCUUGGACUCUACGUGGCAUCAUAACCUCGCAACUUGGCAAUGUAGAGAGUCAUAUAAUUGGGCCUGGAUUCAACGGGUCUGUGAAAGAGUUUUUGGAAGUGAGCCUUGGCUAUGAUUCGGGAAUGAUAGGUGUUUCUGCAGCAGUGCUCGUGUGCUUCAUUCUCUUUUUCUUUGCAAUCUAUGCAACAUCUGUCAGGGUGCUCAAUUUUCAGAGACGUUAAUCAUCACAGUAGUCAAAUUUUGAUGAUAAAUCUCCCCCCUUGUGGGUGGCAAUGAUAAUGUUGAAUUACAAUAGGUGAUUUUACUCUCUUUUCUUUGUUUUCCUUUUCCUCUUUACUUUACAACCUAUUUACAUUGUUUCAGAAACACAUCAUCAUGAGUUGGCAUAUCCAAGAAAUUGAUUGCUAUCUGUUAUCUUCAUACUCAUCAUACUCA